GAGCUCUUGUUGUUCCCCGGCCUUUUUGAAUAAAGUGGCCUAUCACAUGAGAAUAGGGUGUACGAAAAAAAUGGUGUUUUUCAUCAGCCUUAACGCUUUGUUUUUGGCUAUAACUCCCUUUGAGUUUUGGAAUUCAUUACUAGGAUGUUUACUGACUCUUCACAAAAAGUUGAACGUCACCAAGCUUUACGAGUCAUCCACCAUCUAUCACUUAAUCUUUCGGUUAGACGAUAUUCGAAAGGCUGGGAAGAUAUUUUUCCUCACAAGCGAACCUAAGUAUCAAGAUUCAGGUGGGGAAUAUAUUUACAGGCGUUUGGUGAGAGAUAUAAUUUACACCUACAAAAAGGCUAGAUCGGAAUUCAAUUUACCUCCACUAAUGCGCACCCGCGUUGUCCCCUCAGAAAGUGAAAAAGCAGAAGCUCUACAAUCUCUGCGUGCAGCUUCACUACAACAGGCUACUGGUCAUUUUGCGAAAGCCAAGAAACUACUGGAACAUGCAUUCAAACUUGACCCGGACAAUAUAGAUGUCUUAAUUGCUUUGGGUGAAGCUAUAGAGAGUUCUUAUUACUAUAGGAAAUCUACCCCGCAUGUUGCUCUUCCUUUAACGAAGUCUCUGAUCCCUGUCUAUGGCCAAGUACCAAACAAUGAUGCUGAUGGUCUUAUCUUGACUGCUGAACAUCUCUAUACAAAGGCAUUGAUUGUUGAUCCCACCAUUUCUAAAGCUUGUGUACACCGAGAACAUUUGAUGCCAAUUGUGGAGGAAAUAGAUCAACGAAUUCUCAAUGCAAUCGAUUUUAAAGUUCGUCAGUUCUAUCAUAUUCCAGAAGGUGAUCCAGGUUUGCGUCGUGCUAAAGUUGAACAUUAUUUCAAGCAUGUAUAUCACUCAAAUGCUAUUGAGGGUAAUACGCUUACAUUGGCUCAAACUCGAUCAAUUUUGGAAACACGAUUAGCUGUUGGUGGAAAAAGCCUAUUGGAGCAAAAUGAAGUCCUUGGUAUGGAUUCAGCUCUCAGAUAUAUUAACAACACUCUUUUACGUGGAGAUUUGACUGCUAUAACACUGGACAAUAUAUUGGAAUUGCAUCGUAGACUCUUAUCGUUUGUAGAUUUGAGGGAAGCUGGAAGAUUACGACGUUCUCAGGUUUAUAUUGCUGAUCACCAACCACCACCUCCAUCUAGUGUACCUGAUCUAAUGUCGGAAUUAAUUAGUUGGUUAAGUUCUGAUGAAAUAGCCGAUAUGCAUCCUAUUGAAUUAGCUGCGCUAACGCAUUGGAAAUUAGUGUUUAUUCAUCCAUUUUAUGAUGGAAAUGGACGUACUGUUCGACUUCUUAUGAAUUUGAUUUUAAUGCGUUCUGGUUUACCUCCAGCUAUUAUUAAAAUAGAAGAUCGUUUUACUUAUUAUGAAUUGCUAAAAACAGCAAAUGAUGGAGACGUGCGUCCAUUUAUUCGUUUCAUAGCAACAUGUACGGAACGAACACUUGAUGAAUAUUUAGAAGCAGCUGUACUAAAUCAUCAAACAAAAUCCGAUCGUGUUACUCGUAUUCCAAUUGAAAGUGUAUUGAAUGAUGACAAAGAGUCAAGUUCAGUGACAUCUGCUGUUCAUAAAUCAAAAUCCGUAAGUUCAUCGUCAUCAGCCUAUAAUGUUCAAUAUUCUCCGCCACGACGACAACAACCACAUGCUAUUCAUCCUUAUCCAUCAAGACUUACGUCUUUUGCUGAUCCUGAAGAUUCAACUAUCCAAAUAGCUUUACCGCCGAAUAUAAUUUAUGCAGGUGGUUAGUUCUGUCAUUUUAUCAGCGAUUAAGGAUGCUUAUUAGUACAAUUCUGUUGUUAUACGUCAGUGAGUAUUACUAAUAAUAAUGAUACUAAUACUUAACCAAGAGCACUACUUUUCAACUUAUUUUCCUACCCAUGUACUUUUAUUUUAAUUUUUUUGUGCAAAUAAAUUUGUCUUUCUUUUUGAAUAUUUAUUUAUUUUUUGAGAAUAAUGUUCUGAAUUUCUUUUUUACUGAUCUCGUUUAUUUGUCGUUCUUCUUUUGACUUGUUUUUGAUUUCGCUUGUCGUUUGAAUUUGUAUUUGUAUCUGCAAAAAUACAUAUGUACACAUUAUUAUUAUUAUUAUUAUUACUAUUAUUAUUAUUAAUGUACAGAGGAAUGUACUCAGAAAUAAAAGUUAGUUUGAAGGGAGGAAAAGUGCAAAAUUGUUGCUUUUCCCUUUGUUUUCACUUCUCUGUCUGGUUAUUUUUCUUGUUAAAUCUCACCAAUGUGAAGUGAAUUUAGUUGACACCUACUUGCGUUUAUCCGUUCUUUUGUUAAAUGUGAGUUAUGAUGUGCAAGUUUAAUUUCAUGCCAUUCUCAAUUAGUGUUUGGAAAGAAGCAACACAAUAAUAGUAGUAUAUUGAGUGAAUUUGCAUCCCCUCACUAUUUUGCCUUUGUUUUGAAUCAAGUUAGUCGUUUAACC